AUGGCGGCGGUUCGUGCAGGUGCCGUGGGACUCUCAAAACAGGCGAGAUUCGUCAUGUAUUCGUCAACAAGAGGUUCCGACUGGGAUUCACGUGACAGUGGAACAGUCGACCGAUCCCGUCAAAGUCGUCCAUCAGUAUACGGUAAACGAUACGGAGUGGCGAUGAGCAAUGCGGAAACCGUCCGUCAGAGAUGGAAAAUGAGACGACGACUCUCGGAUCUUAAAGUGAAACUGUGUGAUGUCACUUUGCUAUUGGCAGUUAGUGGAUUGAUACUAGCAAUGUUAGAUGUUGAAUUCACUGCCACACGGAUUCUGGAGGGAUUCGUAAAUACAGAAGAUUUAUCAGUUAUACUGAGAACCGCUGCUAUUUUCACAACAAUUGCUCUACUCUUUUUUCUUCUAUUCUACCAUUUCAUUGAUAUCAAAAUUCAAUUAGUCGAAACGGGUACAUCAAACUGGCGAGUAGGUAUCACAUCCGAACGAGUUUUGAACACUCUUCUAGAAGUGGCAAUAUGUGCGAUUUGUCCAAUUCCAGAAACCGGUUUCGUCGCUUGGCCUCAACUCUCGAAUAUAGCUGAAAAGACGCGUCAAUAUGUGAAUAUUCCAAUCAGUGUACUUCUAACUCUUCCAAUGUUUCUUCGAUUCUUUAUCGUGUGUCGAUAUAUGGUUCUUCACAGUUCUCAACAUCAGGAUACAGCUACGAGAACAAUCGCUUCACUCAAUCAUAUCGCAGUGGACUUUCGAUUUGUUCUCAAAAGUGAAAUGUAUGAAAGACCGCUAUUUGUCUUGUCAAUUGCUUCGAUUCUCUUCUGGUGUGUCGUUUCAUGGAUGUUGACACAGUGUGAACGGUACGCAUAUCCGUCUAUCAGUGGAUUUCAACACUUUGCCGAUUAUUUGUGGUUUGAAAUUAUUACAUUCUUCUCAAUCGGUUACGGUGACGUUCAAGUUAGUACGUAUUGCGGAAGAGGCUUGGCAAUGCUCACUGCUAUCGUGGGAACGCUGUUUUCCUCCACGUUGAUUGCUCUUAUCAGCAGGAAGCUGAUUCUAACGACAUGCGAGAAACGGGUUAACCAUAUUAUUGCAGAGAAUAAUAUUACGAAUGAACACAAAAACGCGGCGGCGUGCGUACUUCAGAACACUUGGAGGACAGUACUUCGAACGAGAGAUUACGAUAAAACGAGUACGAGAAGAAACCAACAGAGACUUGCGAGAGCACAGAGAAUGCUUCUUUGCUCUGUUUUAACAUUCCGCAAAACUCGGUGGAAGUUACGAAUGCAAAUGGAAGACGAGGACGACUAUUUCACCGCCCGUCGAGCCUUCAAUGAAACUGAAGAUCGUCUCCAGAAGGUUCGUCAGCGUCAAUCCCAGCUCGAUGGCAAAAUCUCAACACUAUUCGAGAAUGUGGAGGCGUUGACGCAGGCUGUGAUGGCGAGGAAGUGCUACUUGAGGCAGUGA